GGCCGGGAGGGCGCAGGCGCGGGGCCGCUCCGCCGCCCGCCGCGUAAACAAGGGCCCGGCGGGGAUGCGGCGGGGUCGGGGCGGCCGCGGGGGCCGCGGCUGAGGGGUGCAGCCUUCCGGAGGUGUUUCCUCGUCCUCCCCCCGCCGGACGGGGGUGGCGAGGUCUGUCCCGCCAUGAACUUGGCUGGGCAGAGCGGCGACGCCGGUAGCGGCCAUCUGCUCUUCGCCAACUUCAACCAGGACAACACAUCCCUUGCAGUUGGCAGUAAAUCAGGCUACAAAUUCUUCUCUCUUUCUUCUGUGGACAAAUUAGAGCAGAUCUAUGAAUGCACUGACACAGAAGAUGUGUGCAUUGUGGAGAGGCUCUUCUCCAGUAGUCUGGUGGCCAUAGUUAGCCUUAAAGCUCCACGCAAGCUGAAAGUUUGUCACUUUAAGAAGGGGACAGAGAUUUGCAACUACAGUUACUCCAACACCAUCUUGGCUGUCAAACUCAAUAGACAGAGGCUGAUAGUAUGUCUGGAAGAGUCUCUCUAUAUACACAACAUACGAGACAUGAAGGUAUUACAUACAAUCAGGGAGACACCUCCCAAUCCUGCAGGGUUGUGUGCUUUAUCAAUAAACAAUGAUAAUUGCUACCUGGCCUAUCCAGGAAGUGCAACUAUUGGAGAAGUACAAGUCUUUGACACCAUCAAUCUGAGAGCUGCCAAUAUGAUCCCAGCUCAUGAUAGUCCCUUGGCUGCUUUGGCAUUUGAUGCAAGUGGUACUAAACUUGCCACAGCCUCAGAAAAGGGGACAGUAAUAAGAGUCUUUUCCAUUCCAGAGGGACAGAAACUCUUUGAAUUCCGAAGGGGAGUGAAGAGGUGUGUGAGCAUCUGUUCAUUGGCUUUCAGCAUGGAUGGCAUGUUUCUGUCUGCAUCCAGUAACACAGAGACGGUGCAUAUCUUCAAACUUGAGACUGUGAAAGAAAAACCUCAGGAAGAGCCUACAACCUGGACAGGUUACUUUGGAAAAGUGCUGAUGGCCUCAACGAGCUAUCUGCCCUCUCAAGUAACAGAGAUGUUCAACCAGGGUAGAGCCUUUGCUACAGUCCGUCUGCCCUUCUGUGGGCACAAAAACAUCUGUGCACUUGCCACAAUCCAGAAGAUCCCUCGUUUGCUGGUGGGAGCUGCUGAUGGGUAUCUCUACAUGUACAACUUAGACCCCCAGGAGGGAGGCGAGUGCACACUAAUGAAGCAGCACAAGCUCGAUGGCAGCAUGGAGCCCGCCAACGAAAUUCUGGAGUCUGCAUCGCACGACCGGCCGUUGGUAGCGCAGACAUACAGUGCCGCUGUGACUAAAGGUACAUAUGUGCCUUCCUCACCCAGCAGGCAUGGUAAGGAGAAGGCUGGGAAUGGGGCAGGGAGCACCUCUGCCUGUUGCUUCCUUCUAGAUGGCUGCGUGAGCUGGUCCACGUCUGCACCGAGCUUUGCGUAACCGCGCGUGCGAGGUGGAGCCUCGCCUAUACGGAUGACCUGGGUGCUGUGGGUGGAGCUUGCCUGGAAGAUGAAACCAGCUCACUUAGAUUGGAUGAAGACAGUGAGCAUCCCCCCAUGAUCCUUCGGACAGACUAAACUUGGACCUGUGAACUCACUCCUGAAGCAGAGAACACUGGCUUGACGUUUCUUGAGGAAUCUCGUGUUAUGCUGCUAUGAACUUUGACAUGAGUUGGGAGAGAGGAUGACAGACUCUUACAGUUUUCAGUCAUAGCUGUAGUUCUAAUUCUAUACAAUUGGAAAAAUAUAUGGUUUUCAAUUCAGUGGCUUUUAAUCUUGCUUAUCUAUUUUAGCUGUGUUUAUUUUUUUUUGUUGCCAAAACCUGCUGUUUGUGCAGCCCUCAGAGCCUACUUAGCUUUGCAUGCAUUCAUGUGCCAAGCAAGCAUAGGAGGGGGAGAGAGAGAGAGAAGCCACUUUAUAACAAACUCAAGUUUGUAUUUUUUUUAUAUAUGUAUAUAAUAUUUAGCCUAUAUAAGGAAGGAGUAGAGAAGUGGUUCUGGAAGCUGAGACUGGUUCUGCACUGACAAAGGUCCAAAUGGUUUCCUGUGCAUGGGCUUGCAGGCAUACCUAGUGACUGACAUGCAACCUUUCAAAUGCAAUGGCCUGGUUUUUUUGGGUUCUCCCUUCCCUUUCCUGGACCAUUUUGUUAAUUAAAAUUCCUUCUGAAUGUUG